AAACUGCGUAUGUUUAUUUUUGUUUAUGUCAAAGUCUAAAUUAAUAAGGAAUUAUUUGACGAUCGUUUACUUGAUUACCUAUUCUUAUUGUCUUUAAUGUUAAUUUAAUCAAGUUUAAAUUCCUAAAGCUUGCUCUCUAACUGACGAUCUCCAUUAUUAUGUAUUAAUAUGGAUGUGAAAAAUUUUUUUACUUGUACCCUGAACGAGUUGCUUAACCAGGAAGGUUUCAAGAAAGUGUCUAUUGAAAUUUACCCUAACCGGUUUAGAGCUGUAUACAAUUACAUUCAUCAUGAUCGAGUUGGAAAUGAACUGUCAACAUCAGUGGUUGAAUUGAUUGGUGCACCUGUUGGCUCCCUGUUAUGCUGUUCAGGUCACAUACUUAAAUCAUAUUAUGAUACACCAGACGAAUCAGUUCGAACCAAGCUACGACUCGAAGGAAAUUUGACAGAAAUUGUUAAUCAAUUCAAAUACCAGUUCAUUUACCGGAUAAAAAAUGCCCUCUCCAUUAGGAUCACCGAAUUGCCAAGUGAAAUACUGUACCAUUUGAUUGAAUAUCUAAACGUACAAGAUAUCAUGAAUCUAUUAAGAGUAAAUCAAACUUGGCAACGUCUUUUAGAUGACGAUUACAUUUGGCGAAAAAUGUAUCUCUCAACAUAUGGAGAGAAUCCCGAUGUCGAAGAAUACCGAAGUGAUGGAACAGCUAUCUGCAAUUGGAGAAAUUUAGUCAUCCGAGAGUUUAUCAAGCGAAAGAGAAUGGAAGCAGAGCUCAGAUUCUCGCAAGACUUAUCAAGACGAAGCUUACCAGCAUCACCAAGACUCCUUGCUUUACCGCCAGCAUUUUGAUAUGUCUCCUUAUGUUGGAUCAUUUCCACUUAUUCGUCUUACCAUCUCAGUGGACUAUAUUUCAUAUCAAGUCGUCUGGAUAUGUUGGUCUCUAAUUGGUAAAUCAAUUGAACCGCUUUAGUAACUGUAGGUUAGCUUGGCGGCUCACUUGAUUAACGUUGGAUGGGGCUUUACGAAACCAAUCAAGUUUCAUUUUGAUAUCUAUUUUUUUCUAUUGAAUUUGUUUCGUGAUUUUGCAUCAUUAGCCCCAUUCAAGUUUCGCUGUUUAAACAAUAUUCACUUAAGUUUGCUAAAUUAGCCCCUGUUUAUGUCAAUGAUAAUCAAAUUAUUAUUUUUUGUUUUAGAGUAACUGUAUUCGAAUCAUCAAAACUAAUCAUGUAUUUCUGUUUUCUGUUAAGUUUUCAUCGAGCCAGUGUUUGAAUGCGUUAAAUGCACAUCAAUAUGACUCAUUUAUCAAAUUGUAAUUUGUUGUGUUUGUAAUCAUUUUGACUCAAAUAGAAGUAAUUAUUGUUCA